AUGGCGGAUACAUGGCUGGUCAGGCCCAAAAAAACCAACAAACAUAUCACACUCGUAGUGGCAGUUUCUGCUUCUGGGCGAAAAGUUCCCCUGCUUUUCAUUGUCGAAGGAAAAAACGUGCUGAGUGGGUGGAUCUCUCCACUUAAACCUGCCGAAAUAAUAUGCUCUUCACCAACUACAAGUCGAUUGUCAGCCGAACAUUGGUAUCAUGAGGGAACAAUAAUCAUGACAGGGGAUAAAGGAAGUAUGGAAAAACCUCUCAUAUCUCAUGUCGUCGAGCACAUAGAUCGAUGUGUGAGAAAGGAAGUCCCUGCCGAGCUGCCGUACUGUAUGACUCUGGAUGGCCACUCUUCCCGUGAAGGGUAUCAAUGGCUUGAACUUUGCAAGAAAAAAAAUGCGAAGUCGUACAAUCGCCGUCAAAUACGACCCAUUUCCUUCAACCGCGCAAUCAGGACGUUAACAGUGCCUUUCAAAAAAGCAUGCGAUGGCACAGAGACCUCUUGCAGAAGGAAACCACACUACACAUGCAGUCCGUGCGUUCCAAUCUGA